AUGGCUUAUACAAUGUCUACCAUGGUCUUUGGGAUGAUUUGCAGUGCUCUUGGCCCCAGUAUCCCUUGGCUGGCUUCAAACGCAGAUGUUGAGCCAGAAAUGCUGGGGUGGCUGCCAGCAGCACAAGCAGUGAUGUGCAUUGUCUCAGGAUUGACUUCCAGCCUUAUGACUUUUGUUCCGCGAAGGUAUCAUCACUACCUCCUUUGCGGCUUGUUGAUGUGGCUGGGAGUCUUCUUUAUGGUGCUUCCAAGUGCGAGUCUGACGGGGCUCUAUGCGCUUGCCUUGGUCUUUGCCUUCCAAGUCUUGCCUCGGCCAUGGAUUGGACAAAUGACGAACCUGUUGGUCUCUGAGCUCUAUGAUGAUGCCAGCUUGAGCAGUGCAGCUCAAAGCUUUAAUCAAGGUGGCUUUGCUCUGGGCUGCGUUUUCAUGGUGCUUUUGGAAGAACUCUCCUCGCCCUUUGGAGGGGAGGCGAUGUUCUACAUUGCCGGAGCCUUCACAGGGCUGUCCUCACUUCUUUUCCUGACGCUGCCAAGUGCACAUGACCGUCAUGACCAAGGCAAGGUGAAUACAUCCAACACUUCCAAGACCGAAGAGAAUCCUGAGAAUUCCAAGCCCAAACUUCAUGACCCUAUGACGCCUAUGAGCCCUGAACAUGUUAGCAUGCCGCUUAUGCCCAGUGCUUUCACUUUGAGCUGCAGCUGUCUGGGUGUCCUCGCGGUGGGGUUGGAGGUUGCUUGCGGGACUUGGUUGAUCACAACCAUGCUGCAGCUUGGAUUCGACUCCCCUUUGCCCUCAUUGUGCAACAUUGUAUUCUGGGCUCUGUUCGCAGCGAGCCGUCUUGUGAUUGCUCCUUGCAUUUGCAAGUGCUGCCACUUGAAGCCGUCAUCUAUGAUUGUGGGUGGGGCAUCUGUGGCUUCCCUUGCUUGUAUUUCUGCUUCGGUUUGGCCAACUGAACUUCCUGCGUUGCUCUUGGGAGUGAGUGGCGUUGCAGUGGGUGUAGGCCCAUCAUAUGCAAUGUGUAUUUCCAUGGCUAAAGAGCGACGGGAGCUGACUUCGGUCGACUCUGCGAUGUUUGCCGUUGCUUCCUCGCUUGGAGCAGGUGGAGUCCCCUUUGUCAUGAGCCGUGUCCUGAGCCGUUUCGGUCCCCCCGCUUUUUUUCCAACUCUCCUUGGGAUGUCCGUGGCUCUUGUCGUUUUGACAACACUGCUGCGCAGCAGUUCUGGCGCUCGCCAGAGAAAACAAACAGAAAGGAAGCUCAAAGAAAUGAGCGCAUUUGUGGAGGAAGAAGACACGUCUGAGUCGACAUGCGAUGGAUCCUUUGUGAUGGACACAUCAGACCGAUCAGAGACAUGUGAGAAUCUUGAGGUGACAAGCAACGAAGAAGAGCCUGACAUGCCAGUGCCACCAGUGAUUUGGACAUACUGGGAGCAAGGUUGGACACAUGCUCCUCUGGUUUGCCAAAUCUGCAUAGAAAGCUGGGAAUUGUCAAAUCCAGAGCUGACCCUUCACAAAGUGUCCGCCAGUGACCUUCCUGCUUUGCUCCCAGAUUUGUGCAGAUGGGACCGUCUUUGGGAACUGCCGGCAGGCCAAAGGUCAGAUCUUGUGAGAUUAGCUCUUCUCAAGAAGUUCGGUGGCAUUUGGGCGGAUGCGACCCUGUUCAGCAGUGCCCCAAUCAUGCCAUGGUUGGACGGAUUGAAGCAAUCAAAAAGACAGCACUUCCCAACAGAACAAAAUGAGCCAGAGUGUGACGGCUUCUUUUUUGUCUUCGAGCGAGACUCUGGAUCUUGGCCCUAUGACCCCUUCGUCAACUGCAAGCUUCCGAUCAGCAGCUGGUUCAUUGCCAGCACCCCAAACCACCCGAUCAUUUCGAAGUGGUUCUUGUGCUUAUGCCGAGAAGUGCUGAGCUCUUCAAUCUCCUACUUCGUUAUCCACGACACAUUCCGCAAGUUGCUGGAGGAGGAUGCUGAGACUUCAAAGCUCUUCAGCGAGGUCCCAAAAGUGUCAGCUCGCCAUCCUCACCUCUUAGAAUUUGAACUGAACUUUUCCUCUUCUGGGAGCUCACGGACGCCAGAUUUGUUGGACUUGUCUGAGCAGCUCAACAAGAAUUUGGAGAUUGCUCCGAUGCAGAAACUGUCGCACAAAGUUCUCCAUGACCCCCUCCUUCUGGCGCUCAUCAAUCCUAACUUUGAGCCCACGCUGCUUGGAAUGCUGUUCUCCCAGAGCAGACUGGCGAAAGAUUUGGCUCACAACCAUGACUUCAGUGAUGCUUGGGGGAGAUCUGAACUCGCUUCUGUUGAGCAGCAACGCAAGGCCUUGAUGUACUCUUCUUGGCAGCUUUCAAUGGAUGUGCAGCGAAGCAAUUAA